UCCAUAGUCAAUACCUCAAUCACGUUUCAAAACGCGUCUUCUCCACGCACCGACCCUCCCUUCAUUCUCCACUCUACGAGCUCCUGUGACGAUGGAUCUGGGGGAGUCGAUCGCUCGCCAAACCUCCUUCGCCAUCCGCCUCUCGAUGCGCGUCGGCGCGGCCGUCGCCUCCGACUGCAACCUCGUCUCCUCCCCACUUUCCGUCCAUCUCGUCCUCGCCCUCGUUGCCGCCGGCUCCAAGGGCCGUACGCUCGACGAAAUCCUCUCCUUACUCGGCCUCAGCUCUGGAAAACUAACCGAUCUCAACUCCCUCUCCUCGCAGAUCGUCUCCCUCGUCCUUGCUGACGGGUCGCCGAGCGGUGGGCCGAGGGUUUCGUUCGCCAAUGGAGUCUUCGUUGACUCCUCGGUGACGCUGAAGCCGUCCUUUAACGAUAUCGUCGCCAAUACGUUUAAGGCGGAGGUCAAAGCAGUAGAUUUCCGAACCAAGGUGACGUUUUCGAUUCCUAUUUACAUCGUUUUAUCACAGGAAAGUUUUUUUGAGAAGCUGGCAUAUAUCAUCAGUUCACGAUAUGUAUUUCUUCUCCAAAAUAUUGGUCAUUAGCUGGUUCUUAGAAAUGGAAUAGUGCUAUGCAUCAUUUAUUCA